GUAAACUCCACCCUCGAGUCACAUGAUGACUAAAGUUCAUCUCAGUGCUGUAACUUUAAUAACUCUCCAGGACUCAUGUCUGUCUGACACACAACAACACUGGGAUUUUAUUUAGAUUGUUCUGAAAUAUCAGGGUAAUAAACCAACCAAUACAAGGUAAUAUCAUCAAGACUGUGAACUUUACAUUCAGCUUCAUUUACAUUUGAAUGUGUCUGUUUCAGAGAGGAAUUUGUUAAAAGUGAAAUUAACUUUCAGAUCUCAUACCAGGACAGGGAGUGACAUCGUGUGAGAAAAUGGCUUCUAGUUCGUCUCUCCCAGAGGAGGAUUUCUCCUGUACGGUGUGCCUUGACAUCUUUAAGGAUCCUGUCAUCUUGUCAUGCAGCCACAGCUUCUGCCAAGCCUGUCUAAAGGAAUGCUGGAAAGACAAGGAAUCUCUGUCAUGUCCACUUUGCAGGAGACGAUCGUCUAAGGAUCAUCCCCCUAUAAACCUUUCUCUAAAGAACCUGUGUGAGGCCUUACGGGAAAGGAGACAGACAGAUCCAACCACAGGUUCCAAGGUGCUCUGCAGUCAACACAGUGAGAAACUCAGUCUGUUCUGUCUGGAGGAUAAAGAGCCCAUCUGUUUGGUGUGUCAGGUCUCAAGGAAACAUAAAGAUCAUGACUGCAUCCCUGUAGAUGAGGCUGUACAGGAUCACAAGGAGGAACUCCAGACUGACCUGAAGCCCUUACAGGAGAAGCUGAAGGUCUUUAAUAAAGUUAAACAAACCUGUGAUCAAACAGCAGUGCACAUUAAGAGCCAGGCCCAGCACACAGAGAAGCAGAUUAAGAAGGAGUUUGAGAAACUUCACCAGUUUCUACGAAAGGAAGAGGAGGCCAGGAUAGCUGCUUUGAAAGAGGAAGAGAAGCAGAAGAGUCAGAAGAUGAAGAAGAAGAUUGAGCAGAUGAACAGAGAGAUAUCAUCACUUUCAGACACAAUCAGAGCCAUAGAGGGGGAGCUGAAAGAUGAAGACAUCUCAUUCCUGCAGAACUUCAAGACCACGAAGGGAAGAGCCCAGUGCACAAUGCCAGAUCCACAGCUGGUGUCAGUGGGGCUGAUAGACGUGGCCAAACACCUGGGAAACCUGAAGUUCAGAGUCUGGAAGAAGAUGCAGGAGAUCAUCAAACACACUCCUGUGAUUCUGGAUCCCAACACUGCAUCCUCCUGGCUCUCUCUGUCUGAUGAUCUGACCAGUGUGAGUCGAACUGCCCCAAAGCAGCAGCUCCCUGACAACCCAGAGAGAUUCAUGAAGUAUACAACUAUUCUGGGCUCUAAGGGGUUCAGCUCAGGUAAACACAGCUGGGAGGUGGAGCUGGGUGACCGUCCUUGCUGGAUUAUGGGCGUGGCUAAAGAGUCAAUUGACAGGAAGGGGGAGCUGUUUGCAUCACCAGAGUAUGGAAUCUGGGCUAUACGGCAGGAUAGUUGUAAGUAUAGUAAUGGAAAGGGAGAGACCCUCCUCCUGAAGAAGAAACCCCAGAGGAUCAGAGUUCAGCUGGACUACGACCAGGGGGAGGUGUCCUUCUACGACUCCAAAGACAUGACACUCAUCUACACUCAUAAAGACACAUUCACUGAGACUCUCUACCCGUACUUCCAUAUUGGAUCAGCUGGUGAUGUGAAAAGCACUGGUGUUCAGAUCUGCCAAUCAGAGGUGUCAGCCCAUGUCAGUUAAACAUGUUGUAUUGGUUAAUUAGUCUAGUUAAUCUAGCCAGCUAUCUAAACUAGUCAUCAUGACCGACUUACUAACCGUGCAUGCAGGGUACGUGCCCAGGGGCCCUGACCUCCAGGGAGCCCCAAUUGAUUAUGUUGUGUAGAAUUGCAUGAAAUGAUGUGUAAAACUACAAAAUAAUUGUUCUGUAAUGCAAACUCAUAUGUUUACUUUUUGUUAAUAAAACUCUUGUUCUGCAAA